UGCUGCGCAUAUAUAGUCAAAUAUUGCUGAAAAGUGUUUAUAUGAAAAAAAUUAAAAACUGGCUUAAUAGUGAAACUCAGUUGAGCAGAAAAGCGAUUCAAAGUUUUUACAUAAUAUAUACUUUUGUGUUUAGCUCUCUACUAAUGUAAAAAGUUAACACUCAUUUUAAUGUAUUUUAUGCAUUUUUAAUGUGUCGCAACUUUAUAUGUAGUGUAAAAUGUAAAUUUUUUAAUAUUCUUUUCUGUAUCAAUAUGCAUUUAUUCUAGCGGUUUCUUUAUUAUUUGCAAGGGUACAAUGUCAUCAAGUGUAGUUAGUUCCUUCGUAUUGGGGGGGGGGGGUUGCUCAUGAGCAAGUAGGAUUUAACAUUAUACCAUCCAAAAAUGCUACGUUGAUGCCCCAUAAAAACUAUCUGAUCUAAUAAUAACUAAAAUGAACUGAACUAAUUCUAUCAAACAAAAGAAUCCCAAUUAUAUUUGCGGACACCAUAGUAAUGUAACUAUUCUGUAAUUGAAGCUAAUGUCUUUUGAAACCAAAUUAUUAUUAUCAAUAAAUGUUAGGAACAAAUACUCAACAAGGGAAGAAUUCUCCAAGAAGGUGUGUUUCAUGAAAUAUUAUUAUAUAGCAUUUUCAACAGUUAUAAAGAAAUCGAACUUAAAAUUAUUGUAAUAUGGGUACUAGAGUAUAUGUUGGUAGGUUAAGUUGGGAUUGUAGAGAAAGAGACCUCGAGAGAUUUUUCAAAGGUUAUGGAAGAAUUCGAGAAAUUCUCAUUAAGAAUGGAUUUGGCUUUGUGGAGUUUGAUGAUUACAAAGAUGCAGAUGAUGCUGUUUAUGAACUAAAUGGAAAAGAACUGUUAGGUGAAAGGGUUAUUUUAGAGAUAGCACGUGGCCCAGUACGCAGAACUGGGGGCAGAUUAGGAUUUCGGAGACGUGGUAGCUGGCUGGAUAAAUAUGGACCUCCUACAAGAACAGAAUAUCGUUUAAUUGUGGAAAAUCUAAGUAGUAAAGUUAGCUGGCAGGAUUUGAAAGAUUACAUGCGUCAAGCUGGAGAAAUUACUUAUGCUGAUGCACAUAAGCAACGAAGAAAUGAAGGUGUUGUUGAGUUUGCUACUUAUUCAGAUAUGAAAAAUGCAUACAACAAAUUGAAUGACACAGAACUGAAUGGGCGCCGCAUUCGUUUAAUUGAAGAUCGAUCACAUCGCUCUAGAAGAUUUCACUCAAGAUCAAGUUCAAGAUCCCAUUCCAAAAGUCGCAGUCGUUCUCGCAGCCCUCAUCGCAGUCACAGCAGAAGUACUAGUAGAUCUCGCUCAAGAUCGCGUUCCAUAUCCCAUUCGAAAUCACCUGCAAAGUCUGUAUCCAGAUCUCCACUCAGAGGAGAGGCCAUGAAUUCCAGGAGCAAAAGUCGGUCUGUCAGUCGAAGCAGGGCGAGGUCUGCCAGCCGUUCUCGAUCUCCUUCGAAGUCCAGAAGUCCAAAAGCAAAAUAUGAAAAUGAAGAUUAAUAUUUUCUUCAGCUUUUCAGAUAUCAUAUGUAUAUUGUCAUGAAAAUUCUAUGUCAGCAAUAUGUCUAUUCAGUGUAUCAUUCCUCAAUUAAGAGGAAAAAAUUUUUUUCUCCUCAUAAUAGCUGAUGGGUCAAGAAUUAUUUGUUUGUGUAUGUUUCAAUUUUUGUUUUAGUCAGUGUAUAAGUUUACAUCUUUUUUAAUUCUUUCUUUUGGUCCACCUUUGUGAUAGCUUUAAAAAAAAAAUGGGACCAUAUCAUUAGAAUUAGUUUUAAAAAAAAUAUGGUUAAUUUAUACCAUUAAUGUGAUUAUGUAUUGUGAUUUUUGAAUUUCAUUUGAAAUUAUUUUAAAAUAUACUAAGUAUAUUUAUGCACUAAAUAUGCACUUAAUAUUGCACAUUUUGGUUCUGUUAAAUGUAAUGGAGCCAAAUGUGUAGCCCUGCCUUUUAAAUAGCCUAAUAUUAUUUCCGUGCAAUAUGCAAGAAUACUAUGCAAUAAUAGUCGUAUCAAUGUUUAAUCAUAGGAGGAAAAAAUACUAUGAAAUUUGUUAUUUUGUAUUGGAAAUAAAAUUUUGUUUGCAGUGUUGUAUUUAUAAUAUUUUAAAUUUUUUAAACAAUUGCAAAAUAAAAAUGCAUGUCAAAUGUGCAAUUUGACUGUAUUGAAAUAAAAUUCAA